AUGAGUAAAAAUUUCGCAGAUUUAUGUUACGCAUGCAGGGUAGGCGAUACCGAUAAUGUAGAUCGUUUGAUAUCCACAGGGGUCAACUUGAAUGCUGUUGAUCAGUUUGAUAACUCCCCUCUUUUCUUAGCCAGUCUCUGUGGUCAUGAAACAGUUGUGAAGCUUCUUUUGUCAAGAGGAGCGGUAUGUGAUAGAGACAGAUAUGAAGGUGCUAGAUGUAUUUACGGCGCACUAACUGAUUCUAUCCGCGAUAUCCUUUUACGCUACGACAUUUCGAAGGCGGUGGAUGUGAAUCAGCCAUUUACAAUGCAUAUAUCAUCUUUGAUCAAAGAUGACUUUUUUUUAGAUACGUGUGAUCUAUCCUGGAGUUUCCAUGACAAUAUUCGAGCGAUAGAGUGUUUACAAUUGCACAAGUUCAUUCUGGCAAGUAGAUGUGCUCAGCUCAAUUUGGGGCUGAUGAGUAAUUGGACAGGAAGGCACAAUUUUGAACUGCCCAAAGGAUGCUCGAUGAAAGAGAUGAAAAUACUUGUAAAAUUCAUAUAUCUGCUACCCGUCCUGCACGAAAUAGAUUACGAACAGUAUUCUUCGUUGAUAGCUCUUUCACGUGAAUGGGGAAUGGAAUUACUGGCCGAAUUUUUGAACAAGGCCCAGCAUAUAUUAGAUCCAUCUGAAAAGUCAAUGUUCAUGGCUACUUUUCAGUAUAAAUUCAUGGAAUUGGCGAGAGAACAGCUUUGCACAUUUGUGAAUGAUGCUAUUCUUAAGAGCAGCAUAAUCCUUAAUUCUCAUGAGGAGCUGGAUCAAGGACAAAACAUAAUUUUGAAGGAGUGCUUAGCAUUUCCAGAUGUUUUGCUAAUGGUGAAAAAUUUAAAAGACGAACAACGUGUUUUUCCUUGCCAUCUUGCAAUUUUGAGCCGUGCUCAUUACUUCAAACUCAUGUUCACACUUCCUUUCUUGGAGAGAACACUCUAUAAAAGCCAAAAGAAAUCAAAGGAUAGUGGUAAUUCUUCACCGUUACCACUAAUAUCUCUCCCGUCAUGCGAUUUUGAAGUUGCUGUUAUAAUUAUAAGGUAUUUAUAUUAUGACAGUUCUGAAAUUCCCUGGUAUAAUGCUAUAGAUGUUCUUCUUAUGGCAGAUAUGUUAAUGGAGGAUCGCCUCAAGUCAAUGGCCGCAGUAGUCUUAACCCAAAGUAAGGAACUUCUGAAGUGUUGUUCAAUAUUUGAUAUCCUUUCUGUUGCGUGGGAGACGCGAAUGGAAAGAUUGGAGCAUUUUGUGGCCAAGGUUAUUGCCCAGAAGAUACGAAAAUAUUCAAACGACCCUGCGCUAAAGGAGGCAAUACUUCAAAGCUCUAAGCGGAUAUCUGCCAGACAAGAAACUGACACUAUAGAGCUUGUUGACGACAUAAGAUUUUAUCUGUUAGAAAAGUACGCUUUCGAACUUGAAGACAUAGAGGUCUUAAGUAGCGAACAAGAUCUGGGGUUACUUAAAAGUUCUGGUAUCCUCGAAUAUCAACAAGACAUGUCUGUAAUUGAAAAUAUCUUAGAUGCUCUCUCUUUACAAGCAUGA